UCGGAGGUUCUGCACAUAUCCUUGUGAAUUUAUAAAAACACUUCCUACUGUCAGCUGAUAGACGAUGCGAAAUUGCGCUCUGGCUAAAAUGCCUAAUUUUAGCCCCACUCGCAUCCUUACUUUGUGAUUGAUCAUCAAUGGACGAAACGGUUCAGUGCGAAUCAACUUUUUAUUAUUAAAAUCGUGUUUGCGUGUGUUUGUAUAUAAAGUGACGACGAUGCGUUCGCCCCCUGUGUUCAACAAUUAUCAUCAUCAACAUCAUCAUCAUCAUCAGCUGGAGCUGGUUAUAAAAAUGUCGUCGUAGAGUGAAGGAAAAACUAGGUUCAAUAUCAUAAUAAAGACUUUGCUUAUCAAACAAAAACCAGAUCCAGCGAACUCUUUAAGAUGGUGCAUGUAUUCUUCGUCCAACCGGGGGACAUGAUGACCUUCGAUAAUGAGUUCCUCAUGAAAAGCGUGGCCGAUCUGAAACGAGAAAUCGAAGAGAAGAGCGGCAUCCCCGAGGAAAAACAAGUCCUAAUCAUUAGCGGCGGGGAACCCCUGGAACUGAAAAAGAAUCUCUGCUCGUACAAAGCGGGCACCGACACCAACCCCAUCUAUUUGUUCUCGGUUAACUUUGACGUGUCGAAAAUUGAUAUUUCGAAAAAUCUCAUUUCUGGCGAUCUUGAAUUGAAACAAAGAUUAACCGAUUGUCUUUCGUUACCUGCCUCACUGGCUACCGUCAAGUCUCGAGCGAUGGUGGCCGCCGAUUUUCAUAAAAUGGCCUCGGAUCAGUUGGAGUUUUGUCAAAAUUUGGUGCACGAGCAACAUCUGCAACAGCAAGGUUGGUCAGCCGUUAUAGCUAACUUAGAAGACAUUUUAACAGAGUUCCGAAAGAAAUGGGAGCUGUUCCGUAAAUUGUACGAAGAAUUUAUUGCGGAUCGGGAGUCUUACGAGCUCUUUUUAUUAAGUUUCGAAGACAACAAGAAGACCUUAAGGAGAAUUCCGGUGCUAGAAAAUCUUCUGGAUACCCAAAAAGAACCCCUGGACAGCUCGAAACUCUCAGAAAGGACCAACAGCACCUCCGAAACCGAACCCAUUAAAGAAGAAAUCCCACUGUACGAGUGGAUUUGUUCCUCGAAUAAUAAAACUUCGUUGGACGAACUUCACAACCAUUGCACGUCCAAACUGGAGAGGUUCGAAAACGAAAUUAUGCCCACCCUGAGGUAUAGGGUGACCGAAACGUUGGAGAGUGCGGACAAGCGGGAGCGUAAGGAAAUCGACGGUAUAGGGCAGAGGUUGUUCGAUUUGCAUAAUUUAAUCAAAAAAAUCGAGGAGCAUGUACUAUACCAAAGCGAUUUGAAACAGAGUUUUGCUCAGCAUGAGACUCGUGCGGCUCAAACUAGAGACACCUCAAUCCUGCCGGAUCUUUGCGCGACCCACAUCCAGCAAAUGGAUUUGAUUAAGCAGUGCCAUCAGAAACUUAUGGACGACAGGAUGAAAAUCGUUCGGGCCAAGUACGAGCUUAGCAAAAGUCUGUGCACGAGAAUCGAGUGGGUGCAACAAAUUGAAAAUAAACUGUGGGAGCUGGACUCUUUGUUAGUGUACUUCCACGAGCACUUGCAACGGUUAAGGCAGCACUUGAAAAUUUUCGAACAACUGCAUUUGGCUCCGCUGGUUUAUAUGAAUGCGGUCAUCGAGGUGGUACGACGCAGGACCUUUUCGCAACUUUUCCUAAUGUGGGCCUCGGAUCUGGCCUGUCAGCAGCUCACCAUCUACAACGAAGAAAUGACAAGAAGGAAAGACUUUAUGGCACAGUUCGAGGGUCAUUUUCUCAACGGUUUGUUUCCCGGUAUGAGCGACGUUAUUCCCCCGUUCGCCAUUGAGGCUCCCGCCAUGUUCGAUGCGAAAUUACCGAUUAUCGGCGAGGAGGACGUCGAGCGGUUGAGAAAGGAGUUGCCGGAUUUCGCGGAGAAUUUGGUGUUGCCCGAUAUGACCCACGUAAUUAAUUUUUUUUCCGGCAAGACUGCGGCUAAAAAGGAGGAUAAGGCGGACGAUACGAAAGGAGUCGAAGACAAACUAAUUCAGGCGGUCUCAGAUGCCGGUUUAUCCAGUAAUUUGGAUAAAAAUCUACUGAAAGCGACCGGCAGCGAGCCCUGCCUAACUUUAGCAGCGGCGGGAUUACCCUCCAACCUCAAGGACGACAAAGGCUGUGAGUCCGAAACGGACACCGAGGAGUUCGAGAAGGUCGGUCAGAGCCCCCUCGAACUCACGUUUCCCCAAAAGCAAGACGCUUCUACCAUCACUCAGGUACGCGGUCAAUUAUUACCCCCGAAAAAAGCGGCGUCGCGAUUCUUCCGCGCCGUCGUCGCUCAGUCCUCGUACGACACGACCACCGACACCAGCACCACCAACGAGAGUUUCACCAACAUCAAAAACAUCUCGUUGGACUCGAUCGACGAACUGUCGAGCAUCAAAAAUUUCACCAGCACCAUUAGCGAGAGCUGCUUCAAUUCGCAUUGCAACCAGAUGACGUCCAAAGACGCGACCACGAGUUCCCUUCAUCUCUCGGAUAUCUCCGGUACGGCGAAAACUUCGUCACAUUAUCAGAACCGUUCGAAAUCGGUUUCGCCGCAAAGUCCCGGGGAAUCCUCGCCGUAUACCGUUAAUGCUCUGACGAGCGAUUUCGCUACUGACGAGUACUAUAUCGAUGAGAGUUUACCGUCUAGCGUGGGCACUGGGAACAGUCAGGGCAGCGAGUUUGUCAGACAGUUGGACACCGCGAAUAUUGUGGUCGCUAUGCUUCAGGACAAUCUUCAAAUAUCUCGCUCGGAACACGACAAACUGAAAUCGAUAUUCGAGGACGUGAGUAACAUCGCCAGACUAUCGAUGACCAAACUGCGCUCGGACCUAAACGAGUUCAAAGCCCAAUUCGUGGACAAUUCGCAAGUGCUUAGCAAAGAAUACGAACAAUUAGGGCGAACUUGGGAGGCCCUAUUGCACGGUGUGAGCCAGAACGAGAAGGAGAUAAUCGAGAGCUUGCGGCGGGACAAUGAAGAAGAAAGGGAGAGGUAUAGGUACAGUUUGCUCGAAAAGGAGGACGUCAUUAAGAGGCUACAGGAGGAUAAAAGGGUUAUGGAAGAUCGGAUUGAGGAUAGCAAUAAGCGUGUGGAAGGUUUGUCCAAGCAGAACGAGGAGAGCUCGGAGCGUAUCGAGGAACUUUUGAGGCAGCUACAAGAGAGAAAUUUGGAAAAGGAGAAGUUUUUAAAGGAAAUCGGCGAUUUGAAGCGGGAGCAUAAGGCGGAGUUUGAUAACAUCAAAUCUAGGUUUAAAUUAAUGACGAUGGAACGCAGUCCGUCGGUAACGUCACUGGAAAAAGAAAAAUCGGGCGAUUUCACCUCACUCCCGCCACCGACCACCGCCCUUUUGGCCCAAAUGACCGAAAAUUUCGAGCUCGACAAGGAGCGCGCCGUUCUCGAGGAGCAACAGAAAUGGACGAAAACCCUCGAGAUCAAAAGCAGAGAGUUCGCAGAUGAAAGGGAGCAGCUGACGCGUGUAGCCAAACAAAUUGCCGAGGACAAGGACAAACUGAUCGACGUACUGAGAGACCGCGAGACCAACAUGAACUUGGAAAUCAUCAAAUAUAAGACGACGAUCCAACAGUUGGCCGAAUACCAGGAGGAUAACAGGCAACAAUCCGAUCUCGUUGAGGAGGUUGAACGUCUCAAGAAGGAACGGGACGUAUUGAUGGAGGAGUUGGCGAAAGUUAAGACGCAGCCGGCGGAUUCUACUGUAGAUCGUUCAGUAGGGGAUGCUUCUGGCGUGCCCAAAACCGAAGUAACGCCCAAUCCGCUUCGUUUAAACAUCGGCAGUUGCAAUAAAGGAGACUUGGUGCUGAUUAUUUGGGAUCAAACGUACAAAGCCUUCAAGAUUUUAAAGGAGCCUGGUAGGCAUCCGUAUUUAUUAAAACCCGAAUGCCUGGACAAGCUGGGUCUGAGCGUAGCCGACGACGGGGUGCCCAACAAAACUCAUUGCGUCGGCGAAGUGGUGGAGAAAGAACUUUGCAGUGUCCUUAAGGUCGACAAUCGAUUCAAACUUCCGCUCGGCUCGAAAUUCUACUACAUCACGGUGAUUCCACGCGUAGAAGUGGCAAAACCUUUGACCGAAUCCCAAUUAACUCAAGCUCAACAAGAAAUCGAGGAUACGGAUCCAGAAUUUGCCAGAAUUCAGCAACUGGUGGAAGACAGCGGGAUACACGAGAAUGUGAAUGACCAAGGCAUCACCGUUUCUGUAGGCGAUGCCGAUCGUCCUAGGUCGGAACAACACACUUUAGAUAAACCCUCUUCGUCCGCCCCCUCGGACAUCCACAGCCCCAAAAAACCCCAUUUAGAAAUCAUAAAAUUCCAAAGCACCUUAAAACAGCUCACGCAGCUUCUGGAAGGAAAAGCCGAUACCGAGGAGGUGGUAACGCUAUUAAAAGAAAAUCUGGAAGUUUUAGAGGAGAUUAAUAGGGAUAAGAUGACUAUGUCCACAUCUGUGGCCGUUUAUGAAGGGAAAUUCGAUGGGACGCUGUCGCGUCCCCCUGGACCGUCGGAUUUGUCAAGAAGCGAAACUCUGCCGAGCCGACCGCACCGUUUGAACAUCGACAGUUGCAAAGUGGGCGACGUCGUUUUACUACUCUGGGAUCCGAAUCAUGAGAAUUUCAAAGUUUUACAAGAGUCGAAACACACGUAUUUCUUACAUUCGGAUUCGCUCGAGAGGCUCGGAUUGACCGUAACCGAUGGCAAACCUAACCUAACUUACUCCACUGGUCGUGUGAUCGACAAGGAAUAUUGCAAGACGAAAAAGAGUGAGAAUCGCUACAAAGUCCCUAAAGGAGCGAAAUUCUUCAGGGUCAAGGUGUCCCCGAUCACCCCGUUGCCCCGCGACCCCAAAGACCUCUCGCAAUCCUACCAGGCCGCCGCCCUAUCCACCAGCCAAUCGGUCAUUUCCGUUUUCGAUCCCCUGAUGGAGGAAACCCAGUCGGACUUAACCGAACAAGCACCCGGGGGGCGUGGUGUCGACCAAUCCCCCCGUGGGGGGCGUGUCCUGUCUGAAAGUGGGAGCGGCACAGAGACGCACAGCCUAUCAGGAGAACCCCACAGGCCAGAGCCGUGUGAAGGCGGCAGUGACUUAGAGGGAAAACCGCCCCCGGGGCGUGUCCUUAAUGAAAUUAGUGUGUCUAGUGAAAAAUGUUUCGCCGAAGAUAGCGGGAUCGUGGAGGAAGCCACGGCCGCGACAGAGAACAGUGAUCGGUUUGAGGGUGGAUCUUAUAGAGAAGUUGAACAGUCGACCCACGUAAGCACAAAUUGGUUUGAGACGAUGUUUCGAAGCAUGUUUAGCAAAUAAAGUAUGUACGGUUUUGUUGCUUUUAUUUAAUUUAGACUUUAUUAGUUCUCGUUGACUAACUCGUGUUCGUUCUUAAAUAGUUUGUAAUAUCUAGGGUUUGGGGUUUUGUACUAAUCAUUUUUAAGUAAAAUAGAGUUUAAAAAAAAACGGUCUUGUGCUUCUAUUUUAGGGUAUAAUAUGAUUUGCACAUUAACAAUGUUACCAGAGAAUUCAUCAAUCUGAAGCUCUUUAAUUAAAUUUUUUGUCUAGUAUGAACUACAAUACACGCAAUCUGAGUUAUUCAAAUCCUGAAAUACUUUAGAACAUUAUCAGUGUUUGUAUCAACCAUUCAGUGUUUGAUAUAUAGUUAAUUAUGGUUCCAGGUCGUUUUCGGAUAAUCUCAAAACUAUCCAAUAUAAUUCCUGGAGGCUUCUGCGGCUUAUAGAGGAAUAUAUUUGACCCAAAUGCUUGGAAUGAUUCUAUAAAUUAACUCUUUAAUAAUUUGUGAGUUAUCUCGUUCUAAGUUGAGAUAUUUUAAAGAAAUUAAGAGCCACACAAAGGUCCUAGGUUGACUGAACAAAAAAAUAAUUUCUCUAGAGAGUUCUGUGGAUUUCGGAAAAUCCGUUUUAUUCCAAAUGUUUCAAAAACUCUAAAAUUAUUAUUAAAUUGGCUCAAUGUAGAUUCAGCUAUUUUAGAAGAAUUUAGAGUUGCACAAAUACCUAAAGUGUUGGUCUAAUGAACAUUUACACUCUACUUACCCAACAAAUACAGUAUUUGGGAUAUUAGGUUUUUUUUUUGGAUCUGAAAUACUAAAACUCUAUUUUACUAUUGAUCAAAAUUUGAAUUUAUUUUUGAAAAAAUAACCGAAAUUUGCAGGUAGUGAACCGCUUACUUUAAUCUCCUCGACCUAGACUAUCAAGAAAUUUAACCGUAAAACUAUGAAUGAGCGUGGCGAAAGUUGAAAAAAAAAUACGACAACUGUAAACGGAGGAAAAAAAGUUGUUUUUUGUGAUAUUCUAUGCCUUUUUUGACACGUAUCAAAAGGAGAGUGGUUGUGUUGUUUUACGCGAUGGUGUUUAUUAUUGAUUUAACGAGCAUAUUAUUAUUAAUAUUAAACAAAAACUGACGUAUGUAGGUCAAGUAGUGGGCCAAUUCGGUGUUAAAUAUUUACUAUAUUAUCAUAACGAUGUCCUCUUAAAUUGAUUGAUAACGAACGAAUUUCGUCGAAAUUGUUUUUCUAGCUUAGGGUUAUUUUAGGUAAAAAAAAUUAAUAAAUUGUGAAGAGCGACCAUGUUUCAUCGGCUUGUUACUAUUUUAAGAUACUUUUAUUACAAUUUAGAGUACCUGUACAUAUAGACGUCAUUUUUAUAUGUUGCCAACAUACAAUAAUAAAGAAUAUAAAAAUUAA